AUUGACGAUAUCAAAUUCGCCGUUGAAAAAGUGUGCCCUGGUGUCGUCUCUUGUGCUGAUAUUUUGGCCGUUACUGCCCGAGACUCUGUUGUCAUUCUUGGAGAGCCUAAUUGGGAUGAUGUAAAAUUAGGAAGAAGAGGUGCCAGAACAACAAGCCAAGCUGCUGCAAACAGUAGCAUUCCUCCCCCAACUUCUAACCUUAACCGUCUCAUCUCUAGCUUCAGUGCUGUUGGCCUUUCCACCAAGGAUAUGCUUGCCUUAUCUGGAGCUCACACCAUUGGACAAGCAAGGUGCACUAGUUUCAGGAGACGCAGAUACAACGAGACCAAUAACUUGGAUUCAUCACUAACAAAAACCAGGCAAAACAACUGCCCAAAAAACUUAGGCUCAGGGGACGACAAUUUGGCGCCUCUUGAUCUUCAGACUCCUACAUAUUUGGACAACCAUUAUUUCAUAAACCUUGUAAGCAAAAAGGGUUUGCUCCACUCUGAUCAGCAGCUCUUCAACGGCGGAUCGGCCGAUUCAACUGUGAAAUCAUACAGCGACAACCCCAGCAGUUUCGCUACUGAUUUGGUGACUUCCAUGAUUAAGAUGGGUGACAUCCGUCCCCUUACUGGAUCUAAAGGAGAGAUCAGGAAGAAUUGCAAGAGGAUCAACUAAUUUUGCUUCUUUAAUUUGCUUAUAUGAAAAUCUGUUGAUUUGGAAUCUUCUAUUUCUCGUGUUCUUUUUUAUUUUGACUUCUCAAUUUUUAUAGCCUGUUUGGUAAAGCUUUUUUUUUGGUCAAAAGUGUUUUCUUUUGUUGCUAAAAUCACUUUUGGCCAAAAAUUGGGGCAUUUGGCCAAGCUUUUGAAAGGAAAAAAAAAUUACU